AUGGAUGAUUCUACCAAUCAAUCAGCUCUAACGACUCGAUUGGAAAAAUUAAGACAAGAUUAUCCAACUUUAAAACCAAUUUAUGUUUUACCAACUGUUGAUGAUCAUGUCGAUGGUCAACUGAAAGAACGAUUAGCACAGGCAAAGAUGAAUCACACUGAACAGAGAAUCACAAUUAUUCUGUACAAUUUGGGUAAUUCUCAUUGGAUUGGAUUGAAAAUGGAAUUUAAAAAGAACGAAGAGAUUGAACGCGCUGAAUUUAUUGAUCCAGUAAAAAAUUCCAAUUUCAAUCCUGAAAAAUUUAGAAACCAAUUCACUGAAAUAUUCCCAGAUACCAACUUACGUUCAAGACCUGUUCAACAUCUAGUCGACCGAAUAGGUAGUGGAUUAGCAAUGAUUGAAAAUUUAGUGAAAAUGGUCUUCCCGACUGAAUUACCACAAAUUGAACGUUCAGAGAUAAUUAAUGAUUUUUCUAGAUUCAUUGUUGAUCAACAAUCAAAUGAUACCCCAGUCGAGAAAAUAAAACCUAUUGAACCUAGUGCAUUAACUGAUGAUUACGAAGAAUUAGAAAUGAAAUUAACUUCGAAUCUAAAAGAACACAGUUUUCGUAAUGUAGUUAAUAUUCCUGCUAAUGCUAAAUGGGCACAGAACGGUGUGACUGUUGCUGGAGGUAACGGGGAAGGGAGUGCCACUAAUCAACUCAAAUGGCCUUUUGGUCUCUUCGUUGAUGAUGAUCAAACAGUGGUUAUUGCUGACCGCGGGAAUCAUCGUAUCAUGCAAUGGAGGAACGGUGAUACAACGAAUGGACAAGUUGUUGCUGGUGGUAAACGCGAAGGAAAUGGAUCACAUCAAUUGUAUGCUCCAACUGAUGUAUUAAUUGACAAAGAGACGGAUAGUCUCAUUAUUUGUGAUUGGCGGAAUCGACGAGUUGUACGAUGGUCUCGUCGUAGUGGUACAACACAAGGUGAAAUACUCAUCGACAACAUCGAUUGUUGGGGAUUAGCUAUGGAUGAGCAGAGAUAUCUCUACGUUUCUGACUGGGAAAAACAUGCAGUAAGACGAUACCAAUUGGGUGAGAAGAAUGGCAUUCGCGUAGCUGGUGGAAAUGGAAAAGGUGAUGGUGUUAAUCAACUCAACGUGCCGACAUAUCUCUUUGUCGAUCGAGAUCAUUCAGUAUACGUAUCAGACUGGAACAAUAGUCGUGUGAUGAAAUGGGUGGAAGGUGCAAAAGAAGGUAUUGUAGUCGCUGGAGGACAAGGCUACGGGAGUGCUCUGACACAAUUGUCUUUUCCUAAUGGAAUCUUCGUUGAUACGUUGGGUACACUCUAUGUAGCAGACGAGGGGAAUCAUCGUGUAAUGCGUUGGACUCAAGGAGACAAGAAAGAAGGCACUGUAGUUGUGGGUGGUAAUGGCCAAGGAGAAGGAGCAAAUCAGUUCAGCUAUCCCUAUGGUUUAUCUUCCGAUCGACAUGGUAAUCUCUAUGUCGUCGAUCGUGAUAAUCAUCGUGUUCAACGAUUUUCUAUCAAAUAA